AUGCCGUCCCAAGCGGCGGAGAGGAACAAAAAGCGUAGGAUGGAAAAGAAGAGCAGGAAUCUCAACGCGGCGGGGAAAGAAACGGCGACGACGACGACGAGUGUUAGUGUUGGUGGUGGAGUCAGCAGCAGCAGCGGGGAAAAAGAAGAAACCGAGGACAUCGAGUUCGUGGAGAGAACAGGAGCGUACGGAAGCUACGGCGCGAACAACGAUAGAUUCUCGAUCGAAGACGACGAGUGGGCGACCAGUCAGAGAGCCUGGAACGCGCUCGCGAAACACUUGGAAAAGUUCAAAGGGAAGAAAAUCUGGGCGCCGUUCUAUUACGACGGGAAAGUCAAGACAAGGUUGAAACAGGCUGGGUUUCGAGGCAAAGUCACGCACGAGAAGCGAGACUUCUUCAAACUCAUGAACGACGCGAAAUUUCUCGCCAACGUGGACGCGAUCAUCGACAACCCUCCGUACACAGGAAAAGGAAUGAAAGAGAAAAUCUUAACGAAGUUAAUCGCGAAAGAUGUCCCGUUUUGUUUGCUCUUCCCGUUGGGCGUGUUGCACUCGAAGUUCUUGCGAGACUUGACCGCGGCGAAAGCGCGGAGGAAAAAAGUGCAAGCCAUCGUCCCGAGAAGAGUGUUCGUGCAUAAAGAAUUCGGCGAGGAAUUGCCGUUUAAGUAUUUAGUCUGGUUGUGUUACGGGUUAGAGUUGGAGAGGGAUUUAGUUUUGAUGGAUGAAGAGUAG